AUUUGGACAUGAAAUUUGAGGCAGAGAGGAUAGAGUUGAAUUGAGCACUUGAGUUUAGCGGUGUCUGUAAUCUACGUAGAUUUUGGCUUUGGUAGUUAUUGUGGCAGAAAAAUGGCGUCGUUGUUUUCGAAUUCUCCAAUGGUAAGAGGCAGAGAUGAAGUGUAUGUUGCUGCAAUGCCUCUGAGGGCUACAAAGGGACCACCCCAGUUGCUUAUGUCUGCUGCUUACUCCCUCAAUUUCUGGGAUUUGCAGCAUUUCAUGGUCAUCAUCAAACCCUAUUCACCUUCUCAGGUUCUGGUUUAUGAUUUUCAGCCCAAAGAUCCCGAAGAUAUAUAUGUGGCACUAGCAGCUUUGUAUGGUAGAGCAGUGCCUGGAGCUGUUCUUGUGAGGAAGUUACAAAAGUUACCAAGAAACAAAUGCUGGCUUGUUGGAUAUUCAACUGAGGAUGCAAUGGAAAUAGCAUCAGAAUUCAACAAAAAAUGGGAAACAAAUUUGAGAAUUGGCCUACACGAUUGUCGCGAUUAUACCAACAUUUUACCAUGAGGUAUUGAAUCUUUUUGGUGAAUUCAAAGGUUUGGUUAAGCAACUCACUGGCGAAAAAGAUGUGCUGGAACGUCUGAGAAACAUUGGUGGAUAGAGGGAAUUCACUGUCAAACAGUGUUUAACUUUUGUCUUUUCUGAUUAAUGUAGGACUUUGAGUCAUACUUGAAUUAUUUUCAUCUGUAGAUAAUUAGAAGUUCCAGCUAAGUAAUCCUAACAAUGGUGAUAGAUUAUGAAAGCUACCACGUUGUGGUUGUUGUAUACUUCAAUAUACUAUACCAGUGAAUGUCGAUAUUUAUCUUAAA